AUGAGGGCUUUGGUGUUGUGUCUUGUGAUUGCGGUGGCUACUCCCCAGAGAGAUUACUACCACUUCUACGCGGAAGCGACAGAGAGACAAGUGGACACCGAACAGUAUGAGAACGUAGAACCACGCGAGUAA